UCUAGUGAUCAGAAGAUGGCGGCCAGCCCCCCGCGUCCGAGGUUCGACAUGAACUUGUACUCUUUUAUUAUGCCUUCUACGGCCAUGAAAAGCUUGCAUGUGAAUCAGAGACAGUCGAUCACGGUAGAAAUAAGAUGUUAUUUAAAAUGUAACAAUAUGCAUACAUCUAAUUUAUUAUGGAUGUUAAAAAGACAUGUGAUGUUGACUCAGGUCAAUCAAGGUUACAUCCAACAUUAGAAACAGGUACUGCACACGAGCCUGCAGGUUUGCGGUACUUAGAGAAGAUAUUGCAUGUUGAACCGUUAAUUGAUUAUGCUGAAAAUGUCUUCAUCGAAAAUGUGUCAGAUAUAAGCGACUUGUCGUCUGAUGAAAAUCAGGAUGAAAAAGAUGAAAGUAGGUGUCAUCAAAGAAAAAAUGGUUUUGUUAAAAAUAGCUAUAGAAAUGAAUUUGAUCUUGAAGAGUGGAAAGAAGAAAAAUUGAAGUUUUACAACUUGAAAUCAGUGGGGUCUGAACGAAAAUGGCUGGAGGAGAUACUGUUAAGCGAUGACAGUGAUGGUACUGAAAAUGAGUUAAAUGAUGCUGAUCUAAAGGAGAUGUUAAAACAUCACAAAUGGCAAAAGAAAAUAGGGAAGUCGUUUCAAAAAAAUCCAGCACAAUAUCAGGAUGACUUUUCAUUUUAUGGUUCUAGCCUAGUGUUGGAGCAUGAUAAAUAUCAUGAUAGACAGAAAAAACGGACUAAAAUUGACCAUAUAAUUAAGAAAAAGAAGAAGAAAAAGAAAUGUAAACUUGAAGGUAAAGCAUCAACAACAGCACAUGAAAAUAGUAAAAAACAAAAAAUAGUGGAAGCGAAGUUGCAGAAACAACUUUUACAACAAGAAAAAGAUAUAAAUUUUAGAAGGAAAAAGUUAUGGAAUUCAAUUGUUAAAAAAGAAAUUCCAAAGGCUAACAGGACUAGAAUGAAUACUAGAGGAACAGUGUUUCAAACACUGAAAAAGGUAGCACAAGCUUGCCAGAGAGAGAGGAGGAAAGAAGCGUUGCGUUCCCAAAAAAUAUCCAGGGAAUCUAUACCUAGAGCUAGAAAGAUGGCCAGAGAGAUGUUGCUUUACUGGAAACGUUUUGAUAAGGUUGAAAAGGAGCAUCGAAGGAAAGCUGAAAAAGAAGCCAUGGAGCAAAGAAGACAAGAUGAAGAAAUGAGGGAGAUGAAACGUCAACAAAGAAAACUGAACUUUUUAAUAACUCAAACAGAACUUUACGCUCAUUUUAUGGGGAAAAAAAUUAAAGGUGGAAAUCAAGAUGUGAGUGUACAGGAAGAAAUUUUAAAGAAACUUGACGAUGGACCAUCUAGUAUGUCCCAACGUUCCGUUCAAGGAGGCGUGCUGGUUAACAAUUCGAUUGAUGAUUAUGAUCCAGAUUCAAUGAAAGCACAGGCAUUACUUAAUGCACAGGAUGCUGUUCUCAAACAAGAAAAUAAGAUAUCUAUGUUUGGCAACAUUGAAAAGAAGUCAUCUCAACAAUCAUUUGACAACACAUUUAGUCUUGCUAAUCCGUCGUUACAAGAAAAGCAACAUCCACAACCAAAAACAUUUGAAGGGAAAUUAAAAACUUAUCAGUUAAAAGGAAUGAAUUGGCUUAUUAAUCUGUAUGAGCAAGGUAUCAACGGGAUUUUAGCUGAUGAGAUGGGACUUGGUAAAACUGUUCAAAGUAUUGUGUUUUUGGCUUAUCUGGCAGAGGUACACAAUAUAUGGGGACCAUUUUUGAUAGUUGCUCCAGCUUCAACACUGCAUAACUGGCAACAAGAAUUUACAAAGUUUUUGCCACGAUUCAAGGUGCUGCCAUAUUGGGGUGAUCCUGGUGACAGAAAAAGUCUUCGCAAGUUUUGGAAUCAAAAUUCAUCGUACAUGAAUGAUUCGAAAGAAAAUGCGCCUUUUCAUGUUCUUAUAACAAGUUAUCAACUGGUUGUACAAGAUGUAAAAUAUUUCCAGCGAAUAAGAUGGCAGUAUUUAGUAUUGGACGAAGCACAUGCUAUUAAAAGCAGCUCAAGUAUCCGAUGGAAAAUCCUCUUGGGAUAUAAUUGUAGAAACCGAUUACUACUGACUGGAACUCCUAUUCAAAAUUCAAUGGCAGAGCUAUGGGCUUUACUACAUUUUAUUAUGCCAACGCUGUUUGAUAGUCAUGAUGAAUUUAAUGAAUGGUUUUCAAAAGAUAUUGAGAACCAUGCAUCAGAGAAAAAGCCAAGUCUUGACCAAAAUCAAUUGUCUAGACUCCAUAUGAUUUUAAAACCCUUCAUGUUGAGAAGAAUUAAAAAAGAUGUCGAAAAUGAAUUAUCAGAAAAGAUUGAAAUAAAAGUUAUAUGUGACAUGUCUUCUCGUCAAAAAUUAUUUUACCAAGCUGUGAAAAAUAAGAUCUUGUUUGAAGACUUACUCCAAUCUGCCACGUCCACUGCAGAAACUAAAUCUAGCUCUCUCCUCAUGAACUUGGUGAUGCAAUUCCGUAAGGUUUGCAAUCAUCCUGAACUGUUUGAACGAAAAGAACCAAGAUCUGGUUUUCAAUUUUGUCUGCCUCCAUUGGUUAUAUCUAAAACAUUUUAUCGUGAUGGUUUUUUACCAGAACUUCCCUACGACAAGGUGGCACUUUUUGAGCGCUGCUUUCAAAUUUGGAGUCAAGAAUAUAUGCAUCACUCUUUAUCCAGCGAGGGUGGAUGUUUUGGUUUUACACGUUUUAUCAAUUUGUCUCCUGCUGAUUGUGUGUCUCUGUUUAAAAACAUUAUUGCUAGGCUUUUACACGUUUUACUGACUCUGAAAACAAUGCAGAAACUGAAUCACCAAACAAUGUGGAGAACGAAAACGAAGAGCAAAAAGUCAACAAAAUACCUGAGUCGGCGAGACCUCCUUAUAUUUCAACCGACAACAUACCACGAUCCUGAAGUUAAUAAUGGACUGUAUAGUGACUUGUUUUUCACCAGACCUAACUCAAGUUUUUGUGGUCAUAAAAGAUGUCUUAUAUCCGAAAUUAAAAGUACAAAAAAUGAAGCAACUUUGAACAGGAUGGAGAAAGAACCAGAAAUUAGGGAAUGUGUUCCUGUCUAUUACCCUGCAUUUCUUACUUCCUACUAUCCAAAGGUUGAAUCAUGUCAAAGAAAAGUAUAUUGUAGCGACCGAAGUGCUGCAUAUAAAUAUUCUGCAUCAGGGUGUUCUGAACUUACAAAAGUUCUUCGAUCUGGCUUUGAAACUUUCACCUCUCGUGAGCGCAAAUGUCUCUUAUUUCCUCCACCUUUGCAAGGAUUGGAUGCAAUGCGUCCACAAGAAGGAUGGAUGAAAGUAAAAAUUCCAGACCGUUCAACUUUAUUAUCAGAUAGUGGAAAACUUAUGGUACUCGACCAAUUGUUAACUCGAUUAAAGCCGGAAGGACAUCGAGUUUUGAUCUAUUCACAGAUGACUAAAAUGAUCGACAUAUUGGAGGAAUUUAUGAACUUCAGACAGCACUCUUACAUGAGACUUGACGGUUCAUCGAAAAUUUGCGAUCGAAGAGAUAUGGUUGCUGAUUUUCAAUCAAAGGAGGAUAUAUUUGCAUUUUUGUUGAGUACACGCGCUGGUGGUUUAGGGAUCAAUCUCACAGCUGCUGAUACGGUGAUAUUUUACGACAGUGAUUGGAAUCCUACUGUUGAUCAACAGGCGAUGGAUAGAGCGCAUCGACUUGGACAAACUAGACAGGUCACAGUAUAUCGUCUUGUUACCAAGGGAACAGUGGAAGAAAAAAUUUUAAAUCGUGCAAAAGAGAAAAGUGAAAUUCAAAACAUAGUUAUCUCUGGUGGUCAGUUUAAUAAAGAUGUGUUGAGACCAAAAGAAGUUGUAUCAUUGCUGUUGGAUGAUGCUGAGCUCGAAGCAAAAUUGAAACAACGUCAAUACGAGAAAAAACUUGCGGAAGAAAGCGGAAAGCGACCUGGAAGAAAACGAAAACAAGUGGAUCAAAAUAAUACACAGGAUUCAUCAUCUUUAAAAGUCGGCAAAAAAAUAAACAACGGAUUAAACGACGACGCUUCGUCUGUUGUUAGCGAAAACUCCAUGAGUGGAUUCGAACCAAUUGGACUCGACGAAAAUAGCUUAUCCAGCCUCGACUUUGCCAAUCCUAUCAUGGAUGAAGAUUCUACAACAGAAAGUUCGUCUCGACCUCCUUCCACCACUCCAUUUGCUCAAACAACCUCGAACAACAAGUCUGGCACACCUGGUCGUAAAAGAGGAAGAGGCAGAGGAAGUUCGACUGGUCGUGGAAGGGGAAAAUCUAAAUCAGGGACGCUUGCUCUGGCAGCCGCUUCAGCUGCAGCUGCUGCCGGUGCUGCUGCUGGUUCUGCAGCGGCUUACGCAGCGUAUGGAUAUUCUUUCCAAGCAUCCAACAAAACAAAUUAAUAGAUAUUUUAUGUUAUCUUCACGUUCUAUGUACCAUGUUUCAUAUUUUCUACGCGUUGGCGAAAAGAUUUUUAUUACAGAA